AUGGGUUGCGACGGGGGUACAAUCCCCAAGAGGCACGAACUGGUGAAGGGGCCUAAGAAGGUUGAGAAGGUUGACAAAGAUGCUGAACUGGUGGCCCUAUGGAACUAUUGUGCUCUAAGUCAAGAAAUAUUAAGGCGACCAAUAGUUGCCUGUGAACUUGGCAGACUUUAUAACAAAGAUGCUGUCAUUGAGUUUCUACUGGACAAAUCUUCCGAAAAGGCUCUUGCGAAGGCAGCAUCUCACAUUAAAAACAUUAAGAACGUGACAGAGCUAAGGCUUUCUGACAAUCCCGCGUGGGAAGGGGAUAAAGGAAACACAAAAGGAGACAAGCACGAUGACCUCCAGCGCGCACGUUUCAUCUGCCCGGUCGUGGGCUUGGAGAUGAAUGGCCGGCACAGGUUUUGCUUCCUGCGAUGCUGUGGCUGCGUGUUUUCUGAACGAGCCUUGAAGGAGAUAAGAGCAGAAGUCUGUCACACAUGCGGGGCCGCCUUCCAGGAGGAUGACGUCAUCGUGCUUAAUGGCAGCAAGGCGGACGUGGACACUCUCAGGAGCAGGAUGGAGGAGAGGAGGCUGAGAGCGAAGCUGGGGAAGAAAGCAAAGAAGCCCAAGGCGGCAGAGUCUGUCUCGCACCCGGCUGCCGGUGAAGAGUCCGCGGGGCCGUCGGGAAUGAACACGGGAAAGCCGGAGGCCUCCAGCCUUGACUCCCGGGAGAAGAAAGUGGGCCCGGCUCCCAGAAGCACAGCAGCUAGCGGGAGCUCCUCUGGGAAAGCCGGGAAGCCUCCCUGUGGCGCCACGAAGAGGUCCAUCGCCCAGAGCGAGGAGUCCGAGGCUUACAAGUCCCUCUUCACGACCCACAGCUCCGCCAAGCGCUCCAAGGAGGAGUCGGCCCACUGGGUCACCCACACGUCCUACUGCUUCUGA